AGCAAAAUGACAGAGAUCGUAGCGAGGAAGAGAAAAAUGGGAGACAGAAAAGAAAAAAAUGCCCCAAAAUGGCCUUCCAUCAAACCCAAAAACAAUCUUCACGUUACUCCUUUGCGAGAUUUCGAUCUCUUCACGGUUCAGAAUUUUUUCUCAUCUGCUGAAUCAAAAGCAUUCAUUGAAACUGCUGAAGGAAUUGGUUUUGCUCAUCAAGGAAGUUUAGGUCCAGCUAAAGGUGAAGCUUAUAGAGAUAAUGAUCGAAUCUCGGUGAAUGAUGCUGUUCUUGCUGAUUCAAUUUGGGAUUCUGGACUUAACAAACUGUUUUCUGAUAUAAGAAUUCGAGGGAAAGCCGCUGUAGGUUUGAAUCCAAAUAUUAGAUUAUAUAGGUACAAGGUUGGUCAAAGGUUUGGAAGACAUAUUGAUGAAAGUAAUGAUCUUGGAGAUGGAAAAAGGACUCGUUAUACUUUGCUUGUUUAUUUAAGUGGUGGACCUGGUGAACUUAAAUCAAAGGCUAAAAAUGAUUCCAAUAAACCUACAGAUUCAUCUUUUGAUCGUUUAGUUGGAGGAGAAACAGUGUUCUAUGGUUCAAGAAAUAGCAUUGUGGCCGAGGUUGCUCCCAUUGAAGGGAUGGCACUGUUGCACAUUCAUGGAGAUAAAUGCUUGUUGCAUGAAGCCAGAAAUGUUACAAAGGGUGUCAAAUAUGUGUUUCGUUCGGAUGUUGUAUUUGCUUGAAGAAUGGUUCGUGUCUUCUAUCAGAUAAUCUCUGGUAUAUUCUUUUUCUGAAGGCUUUCUAUAUGUUAGCUUAUCACUUAAAAAUAUUCUGUAUGCAUUUUUAUGCCGCAGAUAAUGUACUGUUAUAUACAAACAAAAUCUGGAAGUUAUGGUGAAUAACUAACGAAAAAAUCCGGUUACUUAAAUCAGCUGCCCACUCUGAAUAUUAUUAAAAAGCGCAGUCUAGUACUAUAAUAUAAAGAUCCUGUUACUUGAACAGUAUGAGUAUUUAUGAAUUCAAUUGUUCCAAAAUUUAGGAAUUACUUUUUAAUCGAUACUUGAAGUUGAAUAGCAUGGGAAGCUGUUGUUUUUUAUGAUGGUAUUUUCUGUUAUUUCUUGAUAUUGGUUUGUAGCAAUGUUUCUUGCUUGUUUAUCCAUCCCAUUCCCAUCUACAAUGUUACUGAUCAGUUUUAAUUUAACAAUUCGCUGACACUCUUAUGAGAUGUUUAUAUGUUUAUGUUAUUUCUAACUAUGCUGCCACUUGUGUCCUGUUUAGAUUUAAGUUUAUAGAACCUUAUUAGGUUAUUACAAUACCCUGAACACUAAAAGACAUUUUCCAGCAUUAAAUUCGUUUAGAUUUUAAACUAUUGAAAACAUUUUGAAUCACUCUUCUCAAGUGUAAGACAUCAUUAAGCUGAGCCUUGACUAGAACUUCUCAAAAUCUUGUUUGCAGUUUGAAAUUCAUAUAUAUAUAUAUUGUAUGAAUGCUGCAUAUUCUUUAAAUUUUGGGGGAUAACAUUAGUUUUUACACCCGUAAUCAUUCAUAGAAUGGAAGUGGCUUGGGAUCUGUCAACAUGGAAUGGGAGACUCAGUUACAAGAUCCCAACCUCAAUAAGAAUUAAAGAAGUGUUUAAAAGUUAGAUGAUGGUGUAAUAUUUGGAAAACAAUGUUUUACAAUAACUCUUGCUUUGGUGCACAAAUGAACAAUUUUCUUAUACCAUUUCUUGAAAUGAGGUAUACAAUACAGGCAUAAAAUUACAUUUAUUUCAACACAAGUAGUAACAAGUUUAUGAUAAUAUAGUAAAUAACUGAAGUGGUGCAAAGACAAAAAA